CUUCGCUUCCCGUAGCUGAGGAUUCACUUUUCUGAGGUUUUGUGACCUUUACUGGGUCAUUUGUAGCCGGGAAGAUGGACGUAUCAGUCCAGGCACAAACCAAACCACUUUCUACCUUGUCUGCCUUCAGUUACAUCCCACCACGACGAAAGGAACCAAAAGAAAUGUCCUACUUUAACAAAAACUCAGAGGUCCCAGAGGUCUCCAUGUAUGACCAUGUGUACCAUCAGGCUGAGGGUUAUGAUAUGAAACUGCACCGGGAUGACAGACAACAUCAUAAAGGAAGAGGUCUAAACAUGAAUGAAGAGGAGAAGUCCCGAGCCGUGCCGGUGCUCUCCUCUUCAGAAUACGGCAGUCGUCCAGUUCCCGCGCUCUAUGAAACCGGCCGGCACUACGCACGUGUGGCUUGCAUAAAAGCUGAAUUUUUCAUGAAAAAUGGGAUCAUCUGGAAUGUGGCAGAAGGAUACGGAUCAGUGGCCCCCCUUUGAAAGCCUGAAGUAUAGAGUGUUCUCACUGUGAAAGCAUUGAAUAAAAAACAAGUGUUGUAGUGUGUAGAUUUCACUUUACUUGAUGGUCUAUAUAAAAAAGAAAUCAAACCAAUUAAACCAUAAUGUAAUCAGCUGGCAUUUAAUUAUGAUAUAUAUCUGUAUUAUUAACUGGUAAAUAGCAAGAAACACAGAGUCUGUCGAAAGACUGUAAAGAGUAAAUGAGAAAAAUAUGGAGACUUUGACAUUUUCUGGGAAGCUCAGGCUACAUUUCCUAGUUUGAGGCUGAAAUCACUCCAUCAAUAGGACCAUCAUGUAAAGGUUCAGGUGGUACAGACUCAAUAAAUCAAAUAGUCUUCUAGUUACUGCAGCUCAACAUUGCAAAUGAUAUCAAAGAUCAGAGACUUGGUGUUAACAUUCCUGCCUAUAAUGGUUGUAUGAACUUGAAUGACAGGAAUAAUGUGAAUUCUUAAACCGACUACCACUUACUCUAAAGUAUAUGAUUGAAGCGCAGAACAUUGAUAAUGAAAUCGCUGUCCAAGCCAAUCUAAGGUACUUUGGUCAAAAUAUGAACCACCUUCUCCUUUAAAACCUACUUCUUAGCUGCUUUUUAGCUUUAGACUUUUGCCAUUGUACGUUCCUUAUAUUUAAUCUCUCCUCUGCCUCGUGCGCAGUUCUUUUUGUGUAUCCCUGACCUCUCUGAUUUGCAAGCUCCUGAAUUCUUUUUGUGUUUAAAUUCUGAACCCACACAACUGAGACCAACCUAUUACAUAAGGUGAUUUUUUUUGACAUCUCUCAUUUGCCUUUAUACUCAUAGACAUUUUUUUCUUAGAAGGGGUACAGUGUUUCAAUCUGUUUGGUGUUACAAUGGCAGUGUUUAUUUGAUAGGAGCUAAUGUUGUCAUGCAAGGUAGUAUUUGGUCAUAAAAGAAUGGUUUCACACCUCAAACACCUCAUCAUCAGAGAUUUCUGUUCAGUCCUAAAGUGCUCUUUGUAUUUACCACACAAAUGAUUUCUGUUCAUGUUGUUUAUUUUACAAGAAAAAUUAUACACGUUCUGUGGAUAUUUACUCUGUUUAAGUUCUGAAGUAUUCACGUAAGUAUUACGUACUAACAUUGACAGUUUGUAUUUGUAAGGCAUUAUUUUCUCUUUAAUGAAACAGCCUAAAGACUGAUGACACUCUCAUAUCUGUCAGUUAAAUAUGAAGCUACAGCCAGCAGCUGAUUAGCUUAGCACAAAGA